CCUACCCAGUCAUAAUGCGUGAAGUAGGGAUGUCAUCUGUAGUCGCAGGACCCCGAGCAGGGUGAGUAGACCAAGUACCGACACCGGAACGGCUCGGAAGAGUGGGGUAGUUGGCCAAUUGUGGAGAAAAGGUGGGGAAAAUUUUUGGGAAUUGGACAAGUUAAACUGGAAUGUACUUGCUGUAGUGCAAUACAGUUGUGAUGAAAAAGCCGCUCUAGUUUGCAGUAACACUAUUCAUUACGCCAACAAUCAGAUAGAUGAUUUGGUAUCAUUGACAAAUAGCAAUGCUAUAGGGAUUUCCUGAUGUGUUAAGUAGGCAGUUAGACACUCAUUUUUGGAACAACUUUGCUGAUAGAGGUUACGUAUUGAUAAUAAUAACAUACUGAGUACACAAUUUAAGUAUGUGAUAGCAAGAAAAAAAAUACAUAAAAAGUCUACAUAACAAGACUAAAUGACAAUAUGUAAUAGUUAUCUAUAUUUCAUAUAUAUUGCUUUUCACCUUAAGAGGUAAAAAGCUAGAAAUAGUGAGACUUCAGUAAGACUUCACUGCCAUAUUUCCGACAUUCCUUAACAUGGUUGUUCAGUGCUAGUUCCACAGUUCCAGUCAGCUUCUUCACUUUUGUCUCUUUUAGACAGUCUACACUCUGGGCUCACUUUGGCUGUUGAGAUAAAGUUUUAGGUAAAAUUAUGAUAAAUGGCUCGAACCCAGGGCCUUCUUGCUGGAAUAGGCUCCAGCAUCCUCGCGACCCUGAGAGCAGGAUAAGCGGUUCAGAUAAUGGAUGGAUGGUGGAAUAAGCUGAAAUCACUUUGUCUCUGUGUUAGGGGCUGGGCAGAGCUCCCUUGCAUUUUCAGUGCCGCCUUUUCCUUUGCCCCGGUGCAGGUGCCUGUAGAUGGAGUCAAACACUGAAACUGUGUAGUGUGCAAACAGCGUGGUCCACUUUACUGCUUCCACCAUCCACUGCACGGUGCGACCCACGAAGGCCACAAACACCAUGGUGUAAUGGACGAGCAGCAGCAGAUUCCUUCCCAACUGUCUGCUAUGGUUGAUAAUCAAGUUGACUCUUUGGUCAUGUCCAGCCAUAUCUGUAAUGUUUUCUGUAGGAAUCCAGCUGAAUAGUUGUUAGAUAUUUUUUUAAUGUUAUUUUUUUUGUUCAAGUGCGCAUUUUGCGUUUUACGCACGGGUAUACCACGUAGAUACUCCCUGGGAGAAUUUCUCCCGUAAACAGUUUAGGAAUUUGUAGACGGUCCCUUAGUUGAGCAGCUUCCAAUCGUCCAAUCACUGCGGAGCAGGUUUUGUUUCCGGAAUAUUUGGUGAUGUGGCUAUACACAUAAAUCCAACCGAGGGAAUAAAAGGCACGUACAUUUACCUGAGAAGCUCUCGUACAGUGGCUUCUUCAUGCUUAGUCGUUUGGCCACAGUUCUCCAGGAGCUAUCUGGAGAAGAGGCCCCAGAUGGAGACCCAGAGCAAAUGCUGGUGCUUCAGCUGCCUCCUGCAGAGGGCCAGGCUCAAGUGGAAUUUGAGGUGCCUGAGGAGACCAUAGAGAGGUUGGCCCACCUGGAACAACUGGUAGUCCACCUCAAUGAUCUCAUCAGAGACAAAGACAGUCAACUGGCCCACAAGGACGAUGAGCUGGCUAGCAAAGAUGCACAGCUCAAGAAUGAAAGGGAAACGGCUGAGGCCCGGUUUACCAAACUCAAACUGCAGGCCAAGGCAAAGAUGACGUCACUCAGUAAACAGAUCACUGAACUGAAAGGGCAAGAGGCAACAACUAGCCCAGAUAGCUCCUUCACAGGGUCGGGUUCUGCAGUGGAGGAGGAGCUCGAAAAGUUGAAGAGCAAACUAAGUGAGGUGGAGGCCAAUAGCAGGGCCUUCCAGGAGCAACUCCAGACUACUGAGCUGCUCCUCCAGGAGAAGGAGGCCACACAUGCUGAACAGCUUCGAGUAUUACAGGCUGUGGUCUUUGAGAAGGAUGUGCGGUUCCAGGAGCAGAUCCAGAAGCAUGAGGAGGAGCUGCUCAAAGUCACAGCACAAACUCAGAACGACAGUGUGCUCCAGCAGGCCCUGCAUGUAUCCCAGAGGCGGGGUGAGGAGCUAGAAGAGGCCAUGCGCUCACGCUCACAAGUCUUAGAUAUGCUACAACAGGAGCUCAACAGUGCUGAUCAACAGAAACAGAUCCUCACUGCUCAGUUCCGGCAGAUGGAGCAGGAGCUGGCUGAAGCUGUAAGGCAGAGGGAGGAGGAGAGGCAGCAGUGGGCCCAGGAUGCCAUCAGGGCAAAUGCAGAGUUGGAAAGUCUCAAAGCCAGCCAGGAGGUCUUGGGAAGAGAGAGAACGGAGGUGGCAAGGCUGGAGAGUGAGCUGGCCUCCCUGAGAGAGGCAGAACAUAGAGCGCGUGCUGCUAGCCAAGAGGUGCUGGAAAGAGAAAAGACAGAAGUUGCCAGGUUGGAAAGAGAACUGGCUUCAGUGAAAGAGGCUGAGCUUGCAGCCAUUCAAGCAGGCCAUGAUGUCUCGGAGAGAGACAGAACAGAUAUUGCCCGGCGUGAAGCAGAAGUAACAUCUGUGAGAGAGGCAGAGAUUACAGCCAUUCAUACCAGCCAGGAGGCUUUGGAGAGGGAGAGGUCAGAAGUUGAAAGGCUCAAGAAAGAGCUGACUGCCCUUAAAGAGGAGCAGGGAGAGAGCCACUGGAAAGGUGAGACAUUGGCAAAGGUGUGGCGAAUUCUGCGUGCCUUGGCUUCAGGGGAUGAGCAUGCAGCAGAGGAAAGUUCUUCCCCCACUGACUUUUCCAUGUUCCUGAGCACAAUACAGUCCUUAGAAGCCCAGCUAACAAGGCUGAAAGAAGAGCAGAAUGAAAGUGAGCAGCGCUGCAUCGAGGUCACCCUCACCAUGGACACCCUUAAAAAACAACUAGAUAGAAGAACUUCAGAACAGGAGGAGGCUGAUGCCAAGAUACAACAGCUGGAGCAACAAAUUGGAAUGAAGUCUAAUGAAUCACUGAUCCAGCAUGUGGCUGACCAAUCAGUUCAAGAUGAGAAAGAUGUGCAAAUUCUGGCUUUGGAGCAACAGCUUUUGGAGCGGGGUAAUGAACUUGCUGCCUUAAGAGAAAGCCUCACGCUGUUUAAGGAGCAGGAUACCAGAGAUGCAUCAGGAGAAAGCUGUGAUCAGACUCCAGAACCGGCAAAUGAUGCCGUCAGGGCCUCCCAUGACAGUCCUGCAUAUAUACCUGACCUCCUAGAAGAUACAAAAGAGGAGGAGUCCACCUUGGUGGCUGAGGACACCUCUGUCUUGUCUGUCUCUGCUGAUAAUGAGAGCAGUCCAGAACUCAUUGGACCCCAGUCUGAGUCUCCAGGAGAAUCUAAAGGAGCUUCUUCUGAUGAGAUGAUCACCAGUAGUGAUUCAGAGGUGGCCCACAGCAGUUGGACCCUCCUGGAAGCAGUCAACCAUGAUGGAGGCCAGGAGUGGCCCUCCAUUCUGCAGGACUUUGGCCAGUUGCAGCUGCAGUCAUGGGAAGAGACCAGUGUGGACCAUGAAACCACCACAGUCCAAGAAGAGUCCUCCUCUGUUGUUAUCCAAGAAAAAGUGCAGAUUCAACUUACUCGGCAGGGUACCUCCUCAGAUUACUCCGACCUGACCUCUGGUCAGGUCUUUGCUCAGACCCUUGCUGAGGAACUCCAAAAGAGAUAUAGUGAGCUUCUGGCUGAGCUACAGAGGCUCAGAGAGACCUCUACAGAUUCACAGGAGAAAGUCCAGAGCCUUAAGAAAGAGAAGCAGUUGCUGGAAAUUGCCAACGUGGAGGUAGAGUCCCAGGUCCAGAGCAUUGCCAAGGAGCUCAAGUCAGCCAAGGAGGAAUUGGAUGAGCUCUCCCAACAACACAUUUCUGUGGUUGAGAAGCACUGGGUUGAAAUGAACCUUUUACAGGAAAAGAUAUGUAUCUUGCAAACUGAAACUAAAACCAAGGAGGAAAAGAUUCAGGCCCUCCAGUCAGAUCUAGUGGAGGCCAAAGAAGCCCACUCUGAGCAGGAGGCCCAGGUCAGGAUGCUGAAUGUUCAGCUUGAGGAUAGAGAGCUUUACACCUCUGAGCUGGAGCAGAAGCUCCAAGAUAUGGAGAACAGCCUGCUGGAAUAUUCUCAGACGACAGACCUGAACAAUGCCUCCUUGUCAGAGAAAGACUCCAAGAUCAAUGACCUACAGCUUCAGCUCACUGAGAAAGAGCAAGAGAUGAUGGAGCUCAGUGAUAGUGUGUCUGCCAAGCUUCUCCAGGCAGGAGAAGAGAAAGUCCUAAUUAACAGUGAGGUCAAGAGGCUAAAGGAGCAGAUAACUGAAUUAGAGAAACAGAAAGUCAGUGAUGAGCACUCAGAUGUUGAUGUAGAUAAUCCUGUGAGGCUGCGAAAGGAGAAGGAGGACCUGGAAAUCCAACUGACAAACCUGAAGAAGAAACUUCAGGUGGCACUUGUGCAACGCAAAGAGCUUAUAAAGAAAGUGGCUGAUUUUGAAGAAGAAGCCAUGAAAUGGAAAGAGCAGAGCAGCCCAACAGCAGAGACUUCUACAAAUAUGCUUGGAAUAAUAAAGAACAGAGAACAAGAGAUUGAGGAAUUGAAGGCCAAGCUCAGUGAAGUCAAGGAAGCCUUAAUAUCAAAAGAGCAAAUAGUUGAGACUCUAGAGCAGAAAAUUAGGCAACAUGAUCAAGUUCUAGUGGAGACCCUUGCUCUAAAUCAAAAGCCAAGUCAAGAGGUUGAGCACUCUCAGCAGAUUGACAAUUCUGCUAGCAUGACUGAGUUGCAGUCCCAAAUGACCUCUCUUGAGGCAGAGUGUGAGGCACUACAAAAGAAACUCCUGGAAGCCCAGGAAUCUCGUAAGGAAACCAUUCGCAAGGCCAAAGAGAAAGACCGUCACCACCGUGAACAGCUAAAGCAGCAAAAGGAAGAAUACAGUGAACUUUUGGAACGUUUUCGGGUCCAAGGUAGUGAGCAGGAAGUUCUUCUCAUUAAACUGAAGGAACAAGAGGAAGAAAACAGACAGAAAAAGAUGAACACAGAAAAGGAUGAUUUGAUUCAUCAGGAGACUAAGGCUGUUCCCAAAAAACUAAAGAAACCAACAGAAAGUGGUUGGGUCCAGGAGGGCUGGGUAGAUUUUCCUGCAACUGAGACUGACAUAGGACAACCAGAGUUGGGUGGUGAGCCUGUUCAGCAUCUUGAAGUACAAGUUGAGACGCUCUCAUCAGAAACUGAGGCAUGUCUUCAAACACGCAGGGAGGAAGUCCAGGCUGCACAGAUGGCUCGCACAGAGCUAGAGGAGCAACUUCAAGAAACCAAGGCCAGUCUCUAUCAAAAGGAGAAUGAACUCCUGCACUUUGUUAGAGAGCUAGAGGGUCUGAGAGAAAAGGAAAGGCAGAUUGAUGUUCUUUCAGAGGAUACCGCUUGUCUACGAGUAAAAUACCUCCAAGCAGAAUCUUACAUUGAAACCCUGAAACGAGAAGUUGAGGCUGCAUCCAAAGCAGCAUCCGAGUCCUCUAUUGGAAUUCUGCAGGCUGAAGUGGAGGAAGUCAAGCAGUUCCUCGACAACAAGAACCAGGAGAUCAUGCAGCUAAGUCAGCAGCUUAGUGAGCAGAACUCACUCCUUUAUUCAGUGCAGAACACGGUAGCUGAAAAGGACCAGUUGAUAGCAUCUUUACAAAAAGCACUCAGGGCUGAGCAAGAGAAGGCAGAAAGGCUAGAGGCUGAGCGUCCACAGAACCAAGAGGAAGAAAAAGACAGUGAGGCUAAGAUUCAACAGCUUCAGCGGAAGUUCCAAGCUGCUCUGAUAUCACGGAAAGAGGUCCUCAAAGAAAACAAAAUCCAGAAAGAGGAGCUAGCCUCGAAUAAGAAGGUAAUAGCCGAGUUGCAGCAGAAUCUUGAGACUAAAGAGGAUAAGCAGGAGAAGCUACGAGCAGAGAAAAUUAAGCUGAUAGAGGAGGUUGAUCGGGCCUUACUGGAGAACCAAAGCCUAGGGUCAUCCUGUGAGAGCCUUAAGCUGGCCAUGGAAGGCAUAAUAACAGAGAAAGAUUCUUAUAAGAGAGAAGCAGAGAUUGCCAAAGAAGAGGCAGCAAGAGCCUGCCAAGAAUGGGAGGAAAAGAUUCAAGGAAUGAAGGAUGAGUAUGAGACACUGCUAAAAUCCUAUGAAAACGUGAGUGAUGAGGCAGAGCGCGUGAGACGUGUACUUGAAGCUGCCAGGCAGGAGAGACAAGAGCUGGCAGCUAGAGUGAGAACUCAUGAGGCUGCCAGGCAGCAGGCUGAGAGACAGGCAGAGGAAGCCCAUAAAGAAGUGGAUUCAGUUAAAGACAAGAUGAGAAAGUUCGCCAAAACAAAGCAGCAAAAAAUAAUGGAAUUAGAAGAGGAGAAUGAGAAGUUCAGAGAGAUGGAGGAAAAAAAAGAAAUAAAGCGAGAGGACAAGGCACUGAAAUUUGAGCUCGAAAGACUGAAAGAAGAGCUGAUGACUCUGAAAACUGAUCUGGAUGCUACAGUUGCGGAAAGAGACUCUUUAGGACAGCAGGUUGAGGAACUGAAGGAAUUUGCCCAAGAGAAAAUGGACAGUCAAACUCAAGCUACAUCAUUAAGCUCUGAAGUAAUUGUGGAAGAAUCUGCUGUCACCCAGCAAUUGCUAAAUGUCAUGACUGACUUAGCCCAAAAAGAGCCUUUUAAGAGUCAGUCAGAAGAAGCUCCAGCUGAGGAGGGGGUGAUGUUAAUUGCACCAGAAACACAUCCACAUCCUGCUGAGGAGAGGAUAAAAAUGGAAAUUACUGUAAAUGAAGGUACACAGGUUUUACUUGAAGAUAAAAUAAGGGAGGUGGAGGCAGCUCUUAGCACAGAGAGGGAACUAAUCCAAGGACAAGAGGCUGAUUUCAAGGCUGAAGUGGCCUCUCUGGAGCAACAGCUCCAGGAGGGCAAAGAAAGGGAGCAUACUCUUAUGACCUCUCUAGAGCAGUGCAUCCAGGAAAGCAAAGAGAAAGAACAGCGACUAAUGCAGGAGAGUUCUAGGUGGGAAGCCCAGGCCAAGGAAGUCCGCAGAAGCCUCGAAGCUGAGAAGGAUGAUCUUGAGGAGCGUCUGAUGAACCAGUUAGCCCAGCUCAAUGGCAGCAUCGCAGGCUACCAGCAAGAUGCAGCAGACACCCGGGAGCGCCUUGUUGAACUGCAACGGGAAGUGGAGAGGUUGGGGAGAGAGAAAGCUGAACUUGAGGCCCAGGCUCAGAGUGAGAGAGAUCGGGGAGCCAGGCUGGAAGAGGACAAGAGGCAGGCCCAGAGAGAGCGGGAUGAGGCAGAGGCAGAAUCAGGCAAGCAGAGAGAGCUGGAACAACAGCUGAAGUCUGCCCAGAGAGUCAAAGAGGGAAGCCAGAGCAGAGCACGGCAGCUGGAGGAGCUUUUAAGAGAAAAGCAACUGGAGGUGCGUCAGUUACAGAAAGACAGUAUCCAAUAUCAAGAGAGAAUCAGUGAAUUGGGCAGGGAGGUCAAAGCACUGCAUCUUAGCCGUGAUGAGAUCCAGAAAAAACUGGAACAAUCCCAUCUGGAGACCUCCAAAGCCAUUGAGGACAUGAAGGUGACUGAAGCUGAGCUGGUUACCUGUAAAGGACAGCUGGAUGAGGCCCAGAAAGAGGCCAGCAAGGUGUUGGCUGGAAAGAUAGCCUGUGAACAGACAGCACUACAGAAGGAGGCUAUGAUGAAAGUUGAGGCAGAGCAGACCUUGGACUCUGUGAGGUUCAGGCUUGGAGCUGAGCUGAAGCAGAUGGAGCUGAGGCUGGAAGAGGCUUACAGAGAGAGGGAGAAGGAAGAGGAGGCCACACUCGAGGCCAGGGAUAUCGCAGAGGGAGCUAAGAGACAGGCACAGGAAAUGCAGUUCCGUCUGGAUGAGUCUCUGGCCAGGCUGGCUGCCUUCUCACGCUGCAUGUCCUCACUGCAAGAUGACCGGGACAGAGUUUUGGAGGAGGCCCGGCAGUGGGAGACCCGCUUCAACAGUACUCUCCAAGGGAAAGAGUCAGAAUUACGUGAAGCUGAAACACGGGCCAAAGAACUGGCUGACCAGCUUCAGAAAGAAACUGCACUCAAUGAGGAACUACAGCUUGCUAUCAACAGAUUUGAGAAAACAGACAAGGAUUGGCAAGUGAGAUUAGAAGAAGAAGAAAAGAAAGUUCAAGAGAUCCAAGCUGCCCUGGAACAAGAGAGUGUGAAGCUUGAGCGAAUCAAAACUGAGAUGGAGAGCAACAAAACUGAAACAUGUGCUCUGGAAGAUGAGAUGGAGGGCCUAUGUCACAGGACACAAGCUUUGGAGGAGGCUGUGGAGAGGUUGCAGGGUGAACUCAACCAUGCCAGGGCAGAACUUAGUGAAAGGGAGGCUGGGGAAAGGAGGUUGUGUCUGAAUGUGGAGCAGCUAGAGACAGAUUUGCGCUCUUCCAAGGUCCUGACAGAGAGCCUGCAGACAGAGCUGAGUGAGAAGGAAAGACGAGAGGUGGAACUGCUUGGGGAGAAGGAGCAGGCUGUCACUCAGGCCGCAGAAGAAGCUAGAAGGGAGGCUGACAGCAGAGCACAAGAAGCCGAGAAGGAGCUAGAGAAGAGGAGAGAAGAAUUCCGGGAUUUGGAAGAUAAACUGGGGAAGGUCGAGGAGGAGAGCAACCACAGAAAAGCCAGACUAGAUUCAUUCAUGAAGGCUAUGGGCUCCCUGCAGGAUGAUAGAGACUGUGUUCUCAACAUGUACAAGCAGCUAGAGGAAAAGCAUUUGCAGGUAAUGAUGGAGAAGGAUGGUCUGAUCCAGGAGGCUGCAGCAGAGAACAACAGCCUGAAGGAGGAGCUACGCUCCCUGCUGGUCCAGAGAGAUGACCUGUAUGCUGAGAAGGGUAAGCUGUCUGCCCAGCUCCAUGGCUACCGAGAAGAACUCAACCAAGUCCUCAGCAUGAAGGAGUCUCAGCACAAACGGCUUCUGGCUUCCCAGCAAGAGCGCAUCGCCUCUCUGGAGAAGCAGUGCCAGGAUCUGGAAGCUCAUAUUAAGAGUUUUGGCAAAGAUGGAGAUACAGAGAUGGAGGUCAUGGUGAGCAGGGUGGAGAGGGAGACCCUUAGCCAGACUGCUGACAGUAGGGACAUGCCUCAGGUGAAGGAUGCUCCUGGGGCAGAGGUUGAAAAACUGAGGGAGCAGCUGCAUGCUGCCAGGGACCAGGUGGAGACCCUAGAGCAGAGUCUACUCGAGGAAAGGCAAGAGAAGGUGGCCAGGGGCAAAGAACUAGCUGAGUUGCGUUGGGAGGGGGGUGUGAUGCGAACCGAGUCAGAGAGUGCCCAGGAGAGAGUGGCAGAGCUGGCCCAGGACUUGAUGGUCGUUGAACAAAGGCUGCUUGAGGAGCAGGAGCUGACAACCCAAAUAAGGGCAGAAAACGAGUCAUUUGGAAAGGCCAUGGCCUCCCUUCAAGACAGCAGGGACCAGGCAGUAAUGAAGGCCCAGGAACUGAGUUUUCAGCUGGAAGAGAUGAGCAAGGCAGGGGACCAUCCAGUGCACAGCACCCCUAAAGGCUCAACUGGAGAGGUGUGGGGUUUGAAGAAUGCACUACAAGCUUUGCAGAAUGACAGGGAGCGACUGCUGGAACAGCUGCAGAAACAGACCUCUGAGCUGCAGAGACAGAAGUUGGAGUUGGCUCGACUGGGAGCAGGAGAGCUGAUCCAGGUCAGCCAGGAGCUGCGUGAGGAGAAAAGAAUGGCUGAGGAGCAGCUAACUCUCAUUAAGCAGCUGGAAGAAGCGAUGGAAACAGGCAAGCAAGAAAUCGAAACAUUACGGCUCGAGCGUAUCGACUGGAUGGCUCAAGCAGAGCAGCUUAAGCAGCAGACCCUCGCCACUCUCUCAGAACGCGACCAGCAACUUCGCCAGCUCACUGCCAUGCUGGAGGAGGCCCAUGCACCGAAGCGCAAACACCUGGAAGAGCACUAUCAGAGAGAAGGUACAGAGGAGGUAGACAGUGCACCCGGCGCACCACAGGAGCGAAGUAGCCCCCUAGAGAACCACACCUGCAUGGCUGAGGUUAAAGAGCUACAGCGGAGGCUAGAUGAGGAAAUGGAUCAGAGAAUGGCAAUUGAGGAGCUGCUAAUGGCUGCGCAGGAUCGACUCAAACGUCAUUCCCAAGGUGAAUGGCACUCUGCGCAUGAAGCGUCAUACUCAGAAACUGCCGUCCUUAUUGAGCCACCGGAUGGGGCUGUCACACAGACCAGGAGAGGUGGCCCAGGCCUGAUGCGGAUGCUACGUGUGGCCUUCUGCUCCCGCCAGCGCACCCCCCUCCUGUUCUCCCUCUAUCUGCUCACUGUGCAUGCCCUACUGCUGCUGUGCCUGGGGGGCUAUCUCUGAGACCAUCUCCAUUUAGAGAGCGGGUGUGGGUUGGCUGGGGGAAGAAGAAAUAUGACACACACUAAACUGAAGCCAUCACCAUAUUUUAUACUGUUACGCAUAAAAAGAUGCUCAGCAGGGGAUGAAUAAAGUUCUAUACCCACUAAUAAUGCACUUUUGGUACAAUACAAAAAAAAUGUAUUGACCUGACAAAGAUCCAUGUGGGAUUGAAACGCUGUCCUAUUAAAUUUUUGUGGCUUAGAAUAAGUGUGCAGGGCAUUAUCCCCCCUUUUUCUCACUGAUAAUGUUCUUACAGCCUUGCACCUACGUGACGUGUGUAUGAUUACUUUCCCUCGACAAUACAGAAAAUGUGUCAUACUUUUAGCCAAAGUAUAUAGAUUUAUAUAGGACUCGUUGAAAGCAAUCAUUGAAUUUUAUCAGUGUUUUAUGAUACUGACUUUUGACUCCUAGUUAUUGUAAACCCAGCACAAUGCAUUCGAACUAAGAGGAAAAGACACUGGCCGGACGCAGCCUCUAACUCUACAUUUGUUGUAUUCUGUGUUCGGAUAAAGCUUUAGUUUUCCUUUUUAAGAAUUCACUGAUAAUGUUAGGACUUACAGUAAAGUGUUUUGGGCAAGUAGUGUUGUUCAUGUGCCUUUAGUCUUGGAUAUAUAAGGGUCACUUUAUGUUUGGAUGGCUGGAGGCCAAGGAUGUGUUCUUCUCCCCUCCUACUCUUGUGUCGUCCACAAAAAAAUGAGCACAGUGCAAUUUUUGUUCUAAUACAUUCCAACGAUGACUUUUCCCCAUUACUUUCCUGGUAUAAUUCACAUGUGAAACAAAACAAGUGUUGGCAGACUGGCUCGUGUGUGAGUCUCUGUGCUCUCUUGGCAGAUUGCAGUUUGUACACUGACUGGAUGCGGGUCUUCCUUCUACAUGUCUGGUCAGGUACUCCACGCUUCAUCGUCGCACAUGUUAAGUUCAUACGUUUUGGUCUGUAGAGUUAAGUGUCAAGAGUAAGUCGGCGUUCAGAUGUCGCCACAGAGUGGUUUCAUUCCAGACUUAAAAAGAUUGUUUUUUUUCCUAGUUACGUCCACACUGCUCUUAUGUAGUUUUAUUAUUUUGUCCACGUGUUUGAAAUGCUAACGUUACAGUCUAUCUGACGUCAUCCUGUCCACGUUGUGUCUUUAAUACAUUCAUCACUGAUGGUUAAAAUGACUACUCUAAACCUAUUUGUUUAAUGACAUUGUUCCAUACAUCUUACAUAAACUACACUUUUACUGUAAAUUACCUUGUACAAGGGCUGUAAAAUGAAAAUAUAAUGUCGGUUCUGGUGAAUAAAUGAGUUAACUACCAUUUCAAAA